AUGUCUAAUUUGAUCAAUUUUAAUGUUUCACACAAUUCUUUACGAGGUCAAAUAAGUGAUGGGCUUCCUUCUAAAUUCUCAGCUUCAUCAUUUACUGGAAAUAAGGACUUAUGUAGUGAUUCAGAAAGUUUCUUCCAUCCUUGCUCUAACUCUAGCUCGAGUAAGAAGAGAUUCAUCAGCACACAUCAAAUGAUUCUUCUCAUCUCAAUUCUCUUUGGCUUUUUUGGGCUUUGUCUGGUCUUUAAAAUUUACCUUAAGAGAAGAAAAGUCCAACCUCCUAGCCAUCGAACAAUGAAGAAUGGAGAUAUAUUUUCGAUGAAAAUUGCAUUUGAAGAUAUCAUACGAGCAACAGAAGACUCUGACAUUAGAUAUUGCAUCAGAACUGGUGGCUACGGUAGUGUGUACAGAGCACAACUACCUAACGGCAAAGUAAUUGCCUUGAAAAAGCUUCACAGUGCAGAGGCUGAACAACCAACUCUAAGACAAAGUUUCACUAAUGAGAUAGAAACUUUGACAGAAAUACGUCAUAAAAAUAUUGUGAGACUACAUGGAUUUUGUUUGCACAAGAGAAGUAUGUUUUUUAUUUAUGAGUACAUGGAAAAAGGAAGCUUAUUUUGUGUCCUGAGCAACGAUGCACAUGCUACUGAUUUAAGUUGGAGCAAAAGGGUCAAUGUCAUUAAAGGCAUAGCUUAUGCAUUAUUAUCUUACAUGCAUCAUGAUUGCACUCCUUCUAUUGUUCAUCGUGAUGUAACUAGCACCAACAUCUUGUUAAACUCGAAACUGGACGCUUUUCUCUCUGACUUUGGUACUUCUAAACUACUAGAUCCAGAGUCGUCCAAUCGAACCAUGAUUGCUGGUACUUGUGGAUAUAUUGCUCCUGAACUCGCCUACACAAUGGUUGUAACAGAAAAAUGUGAUGUUUAUAGCUUUGGAGUUUUGGCACUUGAAACUUUAAUGGGUAGGCAUUGUCAAGAACUGCUAUCGUCAUUAUUAUCUUCAUUAUUAUCUAUGGCUCAAAACACGUUGCUAAUAGAUAAAUUGGACAAACGCUUGUUAACACCGUCAAAUCGACUUGCGACACGAGAGUUUGGUCUUGUUGCCACAACAGCAUUUGCGUGCAUAAAUGCCAAUCCAAAGUGUCGACCAACAAUGAAGCCCGUCUCUCGGCAACUUCUUGCUCGCAAAGGAUUGUUAGCCAAGCCUUUUAUUGUUUUUUCUCUCGGCCAACUAAUUAUCCCAGCCGAAGUCUUUGCUGAUACUGGAAUUGAUCAGAUUAUUGGAGAAAUAUUCAAUGAUGAUAUUUUUUUUCAAGGAAAUUUAACGAUGAUAUUAUAUGUAUAUAUCUAA